ACAGACAAGAGAGAAAGUUUACACGAGACAGAAUCGAAAGAAAGAAAAUCUAAUCCUCCAUAUUAUUCCAUUUAUAGGAACAAAAUAUUAAUAUAUUUAUAUAUAUAUAUAUAUCUGUAGAGAUAGAGAGAGAGAGAUAGCAUUUUACAUAAUCCAAGACCUUAUCGGUUUCGUCUUUAUCAUGUUCGGCGGUAGAAACAUGGGCGGUGGUGGUAGUGGAGGAAGGUUGGUAAGGUCAUUUGGUAGAGCUGUGACCAGGUCUAAUAUUGCUGGUGGCCCCCUCCCAGAACCCAUUUCUUCUUCUUCUAGUGCUAGUACCAGUACUGCUACUAGCACUACCACCAACCCUAGGCAUGCCCAGAAGAGCAACUCUACUAAUAAGCUAUCCUUGUCUUCCCCUUCAUCAACUUCUGCAUCUUCUUCUUCUUCUUCUCCUUUUGCUUCGUUGAAUGUUCCUGUAUCUUCCGUUCAUGGCCUGCCCACUUCAUCUUCUUGGCCUCAUUCUGACGAGUUGGAUUGGGUAUCAGUGGAUGAGGGUUCUCCGGAGGAAGAUAGUUCAUAUGGGUUUGUUGAUGAUUAUUUUGGCCUUGGUCCUGUUCCUUCCAAAUACGAAGUUCACGACGCUCUUUCGGCCCUUCAACAGGUUUUCAACGCUGAUUCUUACUCCAACCUUAUAAGGGAUAGGUUUGCUUUUGAAUUGGAUAGGGAUGAAGAACAUCUAGUCAUGAGUCCAACUGGUCUAGCACACCGAGUUUCUCCGGUAGGGUCUGAGUCGGAGUCAGAUUGGAUGGAACCAUCAAUUUGUAUGUGUAAUUCUAAAUUUCUGCAGCGUCAUGGAUCCGACAGAGUUCAUGAUGCUUUCAAUCUGUUGCGGACUGAGCCAUUAGUACAGAAAAUGGUGAAAUCAUUGUCAUCUGAUGAAGCAGUUUGGAAUGCUGUUCUGAACAAUGAGGUAGUGAGGGAGCUGAAAGAAUCAUUUUCUGCAGCUGAGGAUAGUGCCGAAAAGAAUUGGGAUGAGAGGUCUAAGGAGGACUCUAAUGAAGCGACAAAUAUAGUGAAAUUGAUAUUUGACAGCACCAGAGGGAAAAUCAUGGAAGUAAUUGGGAAAAUUACAAAGAUCGUGAACGACUUGUUUCAACCACCACAGAGCGAAAAGGCAACAACAGAAGUGCCUGAUCUUCUCAAGGAGAAGCUGAGGACCUCCUUCAUGCUCUCCAUUAUGGUUCUACUAGUUGUGGUGGUUAGUCGAGCCCACAAGGCUUGACAACAAUCUGACGACAUGACAUGUGGAUAACCCCCCAAUAAUUGGCAUUCAAGUGUUAAAAAUCUUUUUUCUUUUCCUAUCUUUGUGACUUUGUAGUCUCCUAUUGUCCUUAUUAAAGAUACAUGACGUUUGAUACUGGUUGAUGUUAUAUGCUUUAAUUUUUGCUGCUUUGACAACUAGUUGAUGACUUACGUGUAAUCUUUUAGACCAUUUAUUAAUUUUCUUCACAAAUAUUUCUUUA